CAUGGCGGCAGAUUUGGAAUGCAAACACACACUGCCAUGAUCGAACGAUUUAAAACCUCAAAACGGUGACGACCUGUCGUGGUGCUGGUGAUGUAAACGCUUCGUGGGGUUGUAGACAUGUCCGAUGAAGCGUUUGUUAGGAAUGGAAGUUUCACGACUCUGUGGCGGAACUUCACCAGUGUUUGCGAUAACAACAACAACAACAACACAACAGCGGGCAGAAUGAGAAGUGAGACACGGACUCCAGACAGGCGGAAAGACCUGCAGAGUCCUCAACGUCGAGACUACUGCAAAUAUGCUGGACUGAAUUAUGGAGACUCUCCAAGUGAUGUGGAGCCUACACAGGACAUCAUCUGGGAUGCUACGUCGCCGACUCACUCAGCUAAAUCCUUGCGGGCCAACAGAGUUGUCGAGGUAGCGGACAUCGUCAACCGCAUUGCACCGACGGAUGUGAAGCCGAAAGGCGACUCUCCACUCCUGCAGUGGAUCGGUGACAGUGCUAUUCCAUGCACUCCCGAGGUUCAAAAGCCAAGAAGCAGGAAGAAGUCCUCACGACAGAGCAGUGUGGACCUUAUGGUCCUGGCCCGACAGUUUGACCAGAACAUGCAACAGGAAAUCCACACCUCAGAGCAGCAGAACCUGACCAACUUGGAGCUGGUGAGGAGCUGUCACGGCCGAGCAGCUGACGGCACGCCGACUCUCCAGUGUUCGUCAGCCUCUGAUAAGACGGAGGCAGAGUUGCAUGCGCUCUUCGAUUGCUCCGCACAGUGCGACCAUUUGAGUCAGGGCACAUCCACAUCAGGCUACUCUCAGGAAGUGAGAAAACAACCGGUGGAAAAGUCAAAUUCCGAAUCACAUCCUGCUCAGGAUGGAGCACUGCAGAACUAUGAUGACGACUGGGAGAAUGACGACAUACUCAACGACUCUUUUGUUCUGGAGAUGACGCAGGAUCCAGAGAAACACUACACCAAGCUGAAAGACCCUGCACACUCUCAUCUCCAAGAUUCUGAGUCAGAACUGAGCCUUCAGGAACUUUGCCCCAAAACCAGGACAAGCACGCGGAGCACCUUCAGGUUACAGUCCAACCCAGACUUCCAGCAUGCUGUCAAGAAUCAGAACUCCACUCACGGACCAAGCUCAGCUGCAGGACGGACCAAGAGUGACAAGCAACCUGCUGCUGGAUCUGAUGUUCUGGACAGUGUGUGGGACGACGAUGACAAGCUGCUUUGUCAGGCGUGUGACAGUGUGGAGCAGAACAUUCAGCCUCAGCAGCAAAAACCAGCCAACUUUAAAACCACCCCUCCUUUACCAAUCGACAGGCCAAACACUGCCAGAGCAACACCUUUUGUCCGGUCCAACUCCUACCCUGAGACUCACUGUGACACCAUAAGCUUCCAGGGAUGGGACGCCCCCAUGAGAGGAGCUGGCCCGAGCAGCACCAUGUCUCAAAGUCUCCCUGCCGCUCAGUGCGAUGCCACCUUCAUCCAGCAAGGAUGCUCUCCUGGAAGCUACAGGCUCGUUGACCUUGGAGGGAAGCUACAUGAAGUGACAACCAGACCGACUCUCAACGCCAAACCACAUUCGUUCAAGAGGAAUCUCUCAGACUCGGCCGUGAGUGGCAACAAAGUGUUCAUUACGAGCCAGAGAGGAGAGUGUUCUGCUGCUGAGAUCGAGAAGAAGAAGCAGGAUGCUCAGGCCCGGAGGAGGCUGCGGAUGCAGAACCACACAAAACCAUAAAUGGAGAGCUUUUCUGAAGGGAUGUUUGCUGCUAUGAGUGAGAUGUGUUGGGAAGAAUUUCAUUUAAAAUCAUCCUUUGAAGACUCUGGGUCAGGUACUGUCCAAAUGUUUCAACACAUUUUAAUAAUUCCCCAGUCUACAUCAUCAUACGGAGAAAGAAGUUUUUAGCAUCCAGACUUCAGCUGCUGUUCACGUAGAAAGUUCGUCAAUCAGCAACCUCGUGUCUGAGUCGCGUCCUUGGAAACGUCGUGCCUUUCUUUUCAUCUGUGCCUGCUGCUUCUGUGACCAUUGCUGUUUCAGUGUUACUGUCUGCCGUCAGACAAGGGAAUAAAAGAA